ACUGUGAAGUAUAACUCGUGCUAACACCGCCUGCGCCCAUGUGAAUUCAAAGGAAUGCACAAGCAAAAAUAUCGAGUGCACCCCAGGAAGCAGAGUACUUCGUAUGUUGUUGCCAACAACAAUUUGACAGGAAUGGCUGACGACGCUCUGUUUGAAUUUCUCCAUAUGGAGAUCGUGUCUCAUAUUUACAAGGAGCAGCAAUCUGGUAAAGGAGAGAUGGACAACAAGGACAGAGCUGUGUGUGUUUCUGUCCUGGAAGGCAUGGGCUUCAGGGUGGGACAAGGACUUAUUGAGAGGUUGACCAGAGACUCCCCCAGCUUUAAGGAUGAGUUGGAUAUAAUGAAGUUUAUCUGUAAAGACUUCUGGACAAAAGUGUUCAGGAGGCAGGUGGACAAUCUCAGAACAAACCAUCAGGGUACAUAUGUUCUUCAAGAUAACAAAUUUUCCAUGCUGACUCAGCUUUCCAGUGGAAAACAGUACCUGGAUCAGGCUCCUAAGUACCUUGCUUUCUCGUGUGGUGUGGUGAGAGGAGCUCUAUCUAACCUCGGUAUGGAGAGCGUGGUGACAGCUGAGGUCUCCGUCAUGCCAUCCUGUAAGUUUCAGGUGGUCAUCCAGAAGUUGUGACCUGAUCCUCUUUGCUGCCCUGGGGCUAACGAACAGCACCAAAAGAUCGGAUGGUAGUUGCUGUUGUCCCACUGAGCAGUGCAGCCACAGAGGGAAUCAAUUACCACCCAGACUAACGCCACUGGGUAAACAAGGACUACCCAUAUUCUGACUACCAGAUACCCCGGACAGGGUGAAGAGGAAAAGCGAGGACUUAGAUUAUACUUGUGGCAUCUUGAUACAGGAAAAUAAUUAGUUUUAUUCCUUAGCCCUCAUUGACCUCACUCAGGCUAGCUGUGGAAAGCAGUACAAGUUGUCAGUGGCUGUGAAUGUAAAGUUAAUCAUGAGGUAUAUAUUCUUUGCAACGUGUCACAAUGUUUCCUCUACAGUUUGAUAGGAUUGAAUCCUCAGUAUAAAGUAAUUGGAUUUGUGAAAAGUAAAAGGAAGUAAACUGAGGCAGAAUAAUGAGCAGAAUCUAGGAUGAGGCAUAAUUUUGGGCGAUAUUUCAGGACUGUCAGCUGCUAUAAAAUCUAUUACAGCGUCCAUGCAAAUAAUAGCCAGUGACCCUUUGAAAGUCAUUACACCUGGCACAUCAGCUUCUUUAUGCAGCACUUGUUUCUCUGCAGACACACUGAGAAGCUGCAUCCGGCUCCUGGUGCUUUGCUCUGCCUUCUAGCAGAUUGCCUGUAGGAGUUGAGUGUUUCAUGCAGGCUCUAGGUCAUUUAAAUUCAAUUUCAGACAAAAUGCAAAUCUAGAAUGAGUCAUUAGUUUCAGGAGUUUAGGUUUACUUUAUAUGUAGAUGUAGUUUCCUGUGUAGCUGUAGCUUAUAUAUCUCAGAGUUGAUUGUGUAAACUAGCUCUAAAGGUUAUUUUUUGCACCACGAUGUACAUUUUUUUUCUCCUUUGUACAGCAUUUUUAUGUAAACAUGUCAUAUUUGUACUUUCCUAGCAUACAAUAAGCCAUGGAACUAUUUCACAUGGAUUUCUGGGUUACAUUUGUUAAGGACAUCUUGCCUUGUUAAAAAAACAAAAGGAAAAAAAAAUCCUCACAAAACGAGUCUUAAAGCUGAGACAGUGUAAAUAUGUGCUGUUUAUUUAUUUUACUUCCUCACACAUCUAUAAGCAUUUCUAAUAAUGUUGAAACAGGAACACCACAAUAAAACAAAGUCUGUUGAAAAACAAAAGACCGCAAAAUGACCACAGUGAUCACGAGGAAAACGAAUCCACUUUCCUGGUAAAAGCUGUUGCCUCUAAACACCACUAGAGGGAGAAAUAAAGCUGUCUUAACUUCAUGUGUUCUGUUACCAGUUCACUGCUUAUUGUGUGUUCUACCUUGCUCUCUCAUAUCUCUAGUUUAUCUAUUUGAUGUACUCUGUGUGUGUUGUGUGUAGAAAGUUGAACAAAAAUGACUGUACAGUGCCAUAAGAAAACAACACAAAUUAUGUAUUUGCGUGACAUUUUCUAAAGAAACGAUUUUUAACAACAAAUUAGUUGAAAAUAUUUUUUUGCAGAAGCACCACAGUUGCUUCCAUUAAUUCUUCAAUUAUUUGUUGGUAUCGUUAGUCACCAUUUAUGUUGGUACGUACUCUGUGCACACUCUGUUUUAGUAAACAAUAAAGUCUGUUUUUACAUUUUGGCUUAAAAAAGACUUUAGAUCAAGAUUCAACUGUACCAAAAAGUUUUACCAACACAUUUUUAUGGCACUGUAAAGAACAAAAUACAUGCUGAAGAAAAGUCUUUAGUUUUUUCUUUAGUUGUCCUCAGUUAUAAUGUUCUCAUGUAAAUGCAUUACAGCAUAUUUCACAGUGUGUACUAGAACCAGCAGCCCCAUCUCCCAUCAUCCCUGCUUAAGUUUUUAAUAUUUUCUUGUUUUUGAUCCAUAUCAUGAGCUUGGUAUUAAGAGGUGCUACUCUGUGUGCACUUCUGAAAUACUCAGUAUCAAAGCUUUGUCCUUGCUAAACUCUCAUUUUAGUGUUUACAGGAAGUUAACCCCGGUUCAGUCAAAACCAUAUCAGAUUUUGAGCAACACUUUGUAUGGCUUCACAUUAACAUGAUUGCAGUAAACGGAUGGAUUAUAGCGCUCACGCUGGUUUUAUUUCCUUUUCUGCUCUAAUAAAGUACCUCUGACUAUGUUCCAGUACUUCACUGCCAUCACUGUAAAAAGUUUUACACAAUAAAGGUCUUUACAUGCAACUUUA